CAAAUUCUGGCCAAAUUUUCUACGGAUUGAAUUCGACUUUGUUACAAGGUAUCUUGAAGUGGAAACCAUAAUUAAUAAACACAUGCACGCAUAAUAUCUGUCAAAUAUACUAAACAUUUUUUCCAUUGACUUAAUGAAUAGAGUAUGUUGUUCACAUUUUUUUUAUUAUUUAGGUGUUCCCCAUCUGCCAGUGGAAAAUCAUAAGACAAAUUAAUGAGUUUAUUCAACUCUUUCACUUUAGAUCAUUUGUGCAGAUAUAUGAAAACCAACACUUACUCUGCAUCAACCAUUUUUCAAAUUAAUGGAAUCACGGUUAUUGGAAUAUGACUUGUCUGGUCACGAUCUUAUCGGCUCCGAUGGUGACUACAAGCAUAUUUCUGGCAUGAAUUUGAAUGAAUUGUGGGGUGUGUUUUGGAUUGAAACAGUAAAGGUAUGGGAGAUUGGAGGCCCAAUUGCUUUGAAUAUCAUGUGUCAAUACGGAUUUUACGCUAUCACUGUAGUUUUCUGUGGUCAUCUUGGACCUACACAACUCGCUGCUGUUACCCUUGCUCUGACUGUCGUUGCUACUUUCUGUUACGGCUUCAUGAUGGGCAUGGGGAGUGCUUUGGAGACGCUGUGUGGACAGGCAUUUGGUGCUGGGCAAAUUCACAUGCUUGGAAUUUACACACAACGCUCGAUGCUUAUUCUAUUGCUCACUACCUUCCUUCUCUUACCAAUAUACAUUUUUUCCACUCCUAUACUACAGUUCGUAGGGCAAGAUCAUGAUACUGCGCUUCUUGUUGGAAAGUUCACCAUGUUAAUUAUACCUGAAUUAUUUUCCCUGUCUAUCACUAUUCCCACUUCUAAAUUUCUUCAAGCCCAGAGUAAAGUUGGCGUGCUGGCUUGGAUUGGUUUUGUGGCUCUAUCACUCCAUGCUCUUCUCCUUUGGCUCUUCAUUUAUGUAUUCGAUUGGGGUUUAACCGGGGCAGCUAUAUCACUUAACCUUGUAUGCUGGAUAAACGCGCUAGCUCAAUUUGGUUACGUUGUUUUUCAGUGCAAGGAUGGGUGGAUGGGAUGGUCUUGGUCUGCAUUCAAUGACAUGUGGCCGUUUGUUAAACUGUCAAUUGAGUCGGCUCUUAUGCUAUCCCUAGAAAUUUGGUUUCCCAUGAGUAUUGUUCUCAUUGCAGGAUAUCUCAAAGAUCCGGUUACUGCUGUUGGAACCCUCUCUAUUUGCUCAACUCUUAGUGAAUGGCAGGAAAUGUUUUUUGUCGGAAUCAACGCUGCCAUAAGUGUUCGGGUCUCAAAUGAGCUUGGGCUAGGACAUGCCAGGGCGACCAAGUAUAGUGUAUAUGUCACACUAUUUCAGUCAUUUCUCAUUGGGAUUCUCUGCAUGAUUGUAGUAUUGGCAGUAAGAAAUCACCUUGCCAUUCUUUUCACUGACGACGAGGUUUUGAUCAAAUCUGUUUCUGAGCUUGCUCAGUUUCUUGGAUUGACGAUGCUUCUCAGCAGUGUUCAUCCUGUCAUAUCAGGUGUCGCUAUUGGAUGUGGUUGUCAAGGUCUAGUGGCUUACAUCAAUUUGGGUUCUUUCUAUGCUUUUGCUAUUCCUCUCGGAUAUGUUCUUGGUUCUGUGGCUAAUUUUGGAGUCAUGGGACUAUGGGGAGGAAUGAUAGCUGGACUUGCUUUGCAAACAUUGCUACUCUCAAUUGUACUCUAUAGAAUUGAUUGGUAUAAAGAGGUUGAGCAGACAACGAAACGGAUGCAGAUAUGGGGAGAUCAAGACUUAGAAACAGAGAAAAUUAAAAUCUGAAUGGCUAUAGAACUACGAUCUAUGUGUGUCUAUUUGUUCAACUUUAUACAAGUUUAACUGUCUACUUAUGCACACCCAAAGUUGAAGGGCAUAAAUGUGAUUUGAAGCCAAAUUAAAUAGUACAUUUAUGUAUUAUGCCAAUUCUUAAUCCGCAAUUUCAUAUUGGGUUAAGGUCUCAAGGAGUAAAUUUUACGUAUCAUUUUAAAAGAAAAUACUACGAUAUUUUAUCUUA